AUGGCAAGCUCAGUUGCCACCGAGACGGGCUCCGUCGUGGGCCUGUCCCUCCCCAACAACCACAACGACCUGGCGACGCCGCCUGGGGCUGAACAACCAAACGGCAGCAAGGCGAUCCCACCCAUCAAAGUCUCAGACAAGCCCCUGCUCAGGGACCCGUCUGUCACGCCUCGAAUCAAGAAAAAGGUGCCGUGGAAGGGCAAGAACAUCAUAGUUACGCUACCACGGGACGAUGAGCGCGGUCUCUCGGGACAACCGCCGAUGCCUCUUCGACAACACGAGAUUGAGCGAAUGUUUGAUUCGUGGGUGGAGCUAGGGUAUAAUGUAGACGGUUUCGAUUUGCCGGCUGAGGAUGAUACGACUCAGGAAUCUCAAAGCAGAGAGGAGUGGCCUAGUUUUGAAGAUUUGGCGCAAGAGCGCUAUGAACGAGACUAUACAGUGGUCCUGCCAGACCUGAAUGCGUGGAAGAACUAUGUCAAUGACUUACAAGAAGCCAAGCUUAGAGCUCUUGGCGUCUCUUUCGGAGACGAUGAACCCGAAGCUGCACCCUCAAUAUCUUCACAACCUUCGCGACUACCUUCGGCUCAAUAUCCUCCACUGCCCUUCUCACCUCCAAUUCCGACUUCCUCAGCGUCCAGCAAUCAUGCGAUACCCGGUUUCCCGUUCCCAACUCCCUUCAUCCCCGGCGCUGCCGCCAACCAGAGCCCUUUGGCAUCGGGCGCCUCGCCAGUACCCUUCAGUGUGGCUGGCAAAUUCAAUGCCCGGCAGUCCAUCUCAUUCCCUGCUAACAACUCACCUUUCCAACAGCCGCCGCAGGGAUGGCCCAACCAGGCUGGUAUCUUGCAGGGUAUGAGUCCUCAAGAUUCGCCAUCCAUCAUGAGUUUCAAUGGCAUCAUGUCACCUCAGUCUCCUUAUGGCGUGGAAUUCCACCAGACUGGCAGCCCGGCGUUCAAUCUACACCAGAGGCAUCAGUCACUGCAAUAUCUACCACAGCAGUACGCUAGAGCUUCUCCCCGCCUGCAAGACGUUAGGGAAGAUGAAGAAGAGGAGGAGCAAGUGGGUGGCAAGAGUCCAUCCAAAACCCCCGAGCCUGUACAGCGCAAUGCAGACCAGCUACAAGCCGAGAUUGAUGAUGCCGAGUAUCAUCUGGAGGAACAGCUACGCAAUGAGCUGGAACAUGAAGAUUACAAUCCCCAGACGAGAGCAGAAGCCGUUGCUCACCAGCCCUUUGUUGCUGCGCAUGCUCAUCAGCCUUCUGCCGGCGGCUUUGCGCCAGUUGAGCAUUUUGCCAACGAGCCUGGCAAGCCCAUGGUUUUGCACCACCCGCGACCUCACAGCCGGGGUCAUUCCCUUACCCAAAACUACUAUCGGGAUGACGAACCUGUUGAAGGCGUUAACCAAAAUGUCAUGCCACAAUUUGGGCCAUUGAACGACAUUCCGGAAACUCAUCGUGUCGACGAUGAUGCUUAUGAGGAAAUCCAGACCAAUCCCAGUAAUCUCGGCACACCUAUUCAGGACAUUGACUUUGCUGCUGCUUUCAGCCAGCAUCAAAAGAAUGCAUCUGCUUCGAGCAACCCAUGGCAGGACGCGGUGUCUCUUAACAAUGCUGGUAGCCAACAUUCGGCCAACGACAGCAAGUCUUCCUUGUCCAAAUUCAAUGUGGAAGCACCAGAGUUCAAGUUCAAUCCCACGAGCACAUUCACUCCUGGCCUUUUCAACUUUGACACUCCUAGCUUCCAGCCGGGUGUGUAUCAUGCUGGCGCACCAGAUGCCAUGGAGCAGACUCCUUUCGGAGUCCCGCAACAGGAGCCUCCAGCAGCCAAGAUCAAUGUCAAUGCUCCGGCAUUUGCCCCUGGACAGAGCGAAUUUAACUUUUCUUCAUCUGGCCCCAAAUUCCGGCCUGAUGCUCCCGCAUUUACACCAUUCCAACCCCAAGGUGCUGCAUCCAAUCCUGCUGAAGGUGGCAUGAAGGGAUUCCCCAGACGGACCGAUUCUAUCUUUACUAAUAUCAGGAUCGAACCUAAUCAACAUACCGACUCUGUUGCUCCUAAAAAAUCCAGAGCCGUCCCCGUCUUGAGAUCUACUAGUGAAUCGCCAGUCGCUUCUGAAGGUGAUAUCAGAGAGCCUGAUGGUCGCGUUCAGGACGACUCCAGAGCUAAGCGGGCUAAGAGCGCUGCAGAAGAUAUAGAUGAUGUGCCCCUCUUUGCCGACAGACCAGAUGACUUGAUCGGAGAGGAAGAAGAAGAAGAAGAAGAAGAAGAGGAAGAAGUAGAAGAAGGUGAAGUUGAGGCUGAAGACAUUGGCAUGGCUGAAUCGUCGGUUAAAGAAUCGCGGAGCUUUGCUGAGGAAGGCUCAGUUGAUGGAGAAGCUGUGUUGCCUGCCGAUACUUCCAUGUCUUCGGUUGACCAGAUCGAUACUCAGGUUACUACUGCUGCUCCCUCUGAGACGUCACCAGCUGAAGCAUCUAUCAAGUGGACGUCAUCUUUCGAACUGACACCUCGACAUUUGUCAGCGGCUACUCCAGCAUCUCUCCCGGACCUUCCAGACGAAAGCGAGGCUCGCUCAGAUGGAGAAGGGUUAUCCGAAUCCACACAGCCCAACGCUCAGUCUGCUCCUGAAGAUCCUCAAAUUGCAAUCGCCAGACGCAAGCUUACUCCCAAAGGUCUUACUGGGUCCCGAUUUGCUCUACCCUUGCCGAAGUCGGUUGGCUUGGCCUCAUCUCGUUUCGCCGAGCCAACUCCCGCCGUUACUGCUGGGCAAGAGGAUGAUGAUGAUGACGACGACACAAUUGAGUUUGCAGAAGAGGGAACAAGCGGUUUCAAUGCCACGCCUACUACGAAUGGCGACAAGCGCGAACCUACUUUCGAGGAGAUUGAUGCGGUCAUGCAACGAAUGGAGAGAGAUCAUUCUCAGGGCAUUAACAAAUCCAUUGAGACCUUCAAGUGGCCUCGUCCAGCUGUCGAGGCUCAUGCAUCGUCGGAUGAGCUGCAUAUCCCUUCAGACCAUGCGCGCGAGAAGAUGAGCGUUAUUCCACGCAAGUAUAGCGACAUUCUGAACAACACGUCUCAGCAAUUGUUGAGUACUGAACUGGAAGAUCCGUUCAUAGACCCGCCGCUGAGCGCCCAGAUUCUGAGACGUGGCAGCGGACUCGAAGAAGGCGAGAUUGAGAGCGACCAAGUUAGUGACUGGGAAGGCGCCUUCUCAGAGGAGGAACAUUCGAAGCUUGAGAAUCGUGUCCAGUUCUUCGAUGGCCGUGUUAACGACGUCGUCGGUACGCUCUUGGCAUCCAGACUUGAGCCCCUUGAGAAGGCUGUUCUCACCCUCUCUCACUCUCUGAAAUCUAAAGACCAACGGGCUCCUUCAUCUCGACGUGAUGCUCGUGGUGGCUCAAUUGAGUAUCAAGAGAGCGAUGCUGAUGACGAAGACGAUGAGCCUGCUCCUCGUCGCUCCACGAGUCCCAAGAGGGACCGAAAACUGGACCAGAUCCGUUCAAUUGUUAUCGAAGCUCUUGCCUCGCAAUCACGCAAUCUACCAACCGUCAAUACGGAAGCCACUAGCGAUGGAACUUUCCUGAGGUCUCUUGAUGAGAUCAAAGAGUUGUUGGUUGCCAGUGCCAGGCACGCGCCUCGUGACGAUAUCAACUCUGUUCCUUUCGAGGGCAUGUUGCAAGCCAAGUCCAACGAAGAGCUUGCUGCAAGGGUCCGCGAACUUGAGACAAAGGCAAUGGAUCUCGAGCAGCGACAUCGCUUAGAUCAAGAGAGCCUUGAGAAUGAAAUCAAGGAGCGCAGGGCCGCAGAAGAUGCAGUAGCUGAGCUCAGUCGAAAGCUACAGUCUACAGAGGCACAGGUGGAAGUCGAAGUUAUUAACCGCAGCGUUUUCGACGGCCGUGUUGCCGAGCUUGAAGCGAGAGCCAGGCGGCAAGAAGACACCAACGAGCAGGAAGUCAAAGCUAGGCGUGCAGCCGAAGAUAACCUUUCCGAAGUUCAACGCUUGCUACACAAUGCCUCCGAGGAAGAGACCCGACUACGCGAAAUGGUGGACGAGAGAAACCAGGCUAUCAAGUCACUAGAGCACUCCGCAGGAAAGACUGCCCUGCAAAUUUCCAAGAUGGAGGUUGCUCGCGAUCACUGGACCCAUCACCAAGCGGAAAUGGUCAACAGGAUCAACGUCCUCGAAACCGAUCUUCGCAAUGUUCGCCAAGAUAACAAUACUUACAGAGCGGAGAUGGAACGAGCUGAUGAAGCCGCACGCCGUAGCCAUGGCGAGCUCGGUCAUGCUUUGAAUGAAAACAAGCAUCUUCAUAAGUCACUUGAAAGUGUCGUUUCUCAACUGGAAGAAAACGAACGACUUCGAGAGACAUGGCGAGCUAAGUUCCUCUCGCUUCAGAACGAUAUGGGUCAGGCCGCUCGCGAGGUAGCGGAGGAAAGUGCGCGACGCAUCAAGAAAGAACAGGCCAUGCUGGCGCGCCAAGAAGUUUUAGAAGCACGGCUGCAGGCCGAAUCUAAGACUCGUGAACGUCUUGAAGUUGAAAUGGAACGACUUCAGGAUAACGAACGGACUGGCAUGCGUGCUGUGAACGAGUGCAAUCGUCUUGACGGGCUGCUGUCUGAGCUUCGCAGCGAGAAUUUCAAGCUCCAGCAGGCGGCUGCUCGAUACCAGCGCGAGUUUGAAGAGGCUCGUGAAUCUGGGGCCAGCGAGGUCAAGAGAACUCGCAUGUCUCUGCAGGCUGAGCUCGAGGAUGCCAACAACCAGGUCAACGUUGUUCGGGAAGAGUACGAGGAGCAGAACGCGAAACUGCGCUCUGAGCUUGACCAUCUCAGGCUUCAGAUUGAUACUGCCAAGGCGCAAAACGAGAUGCUUCUUGAGGAGGCGCAGUCCACCAGGAUCGCCGAGCUGGUCGAACUCAAACAAAAGCAUCAGAGCGAGUUGGAGGAUAUCCACGCUCGUCAUGAGCGCCAGUUGAACAACGCAACUGAGGACGGUCAGCGAACAGAGCAGCACCUCCUAGAGCGUCUCAGCUUAUCUACAUCCAAGACCGAACUUCUCCAGGACCGCGUUAUUCACCUUGAAGAGAAACUUGAGAUUACGAAGCAGGCCGCAGCCGCCGCAGCUCAAGCUGCGAAGUCGGCUGGCGUUGACUCUUCGUUGGUCUUGAGCCCUGUGAUGGCUAAACCAGCAGAGCGGGUUGAGAUGCCUGAAAGGAUCUCCCCACAAGCUCUCCGGGAAUCCAUCAUGGUUCUCCAAGAACAGCUGCAGGCACGCGAACAGCACAUCGAGGAACUUGAGCAGACUGUUGCUGAACUUGAUCCCGAUGCGGCAACCAAGAUCUCGAAGCGCGACGACGAGAUUAACUGGCUGCGCGAGCUUCUUGCUGUGAGACAGGGAGAUCUUCAAGACAUAAUCGCGGCUCUUUCCAGAGACAGAUUUGACCGCGCCGCUGUCAAGGAUGCUGCCAUCAGACUCAAGGCCAACCUGCAGAUGGAGGAACAAGAGCGUGAGAGGGCCAUGAAUGGUGGCUCAGCCAUUACUCUCCCUAACAUUGCUCAGACAAUCCAAGCUGCGACGCCGCGUGUAGUGCAAAGCAUUGCUCCUAUCGCAGCUGCUUGGGACAACUGGCGCAAGAGUGGUCAGACUAGCUUCCGAGGAAUUUCAGGAGUGUUGAGUUCGCCUGCUGUCACGGGCAAUUCCACCCCAACUAAGAGUAGAAAUGACUCGGCACAGCAGAAUGGCGGCGGCAUGGUGAGCGGGCUUCUCACCCCUCCAGCCACUGCUCUUCGUCAGCCUCCCACGCCGGACAGCCAUCAACAGCCCACUGCCUUUUCCAGCAUCGGAAGGCGAUUCACGGGCCAGAGCGUUCAUGAUCGAACACGCACAGAUUCCAACGUGUCUCAUCGAUCCGAUAAGAGGCCCUUCCAAGACCUUCCCCUUCGACGUCAGGAGUUGGCAGCUGAGCCAGUGACACCUCCUCAUUUAGGACAUCAGAAUGUGUACGAUGAGGACGCGCAGCCUGGCGACUUUGACGACCAUGACUUCUUUGAAGAGGACUGA